AUGAAGGAUAACAGAGGAAAUCGAUUCGGCGUGGCCCCUGAUAAGGGAACUCUGAACGGCCCCGUCACGACGGAGGCCAACUUGUCAGACAUCAUCAGGCAUAAGCCCAAAAGUCCCGGAGCCCAUCUACCCAGAUCGGCGUCUGACUCGUUUUGGGUCGACAACCUGUCACAGCUGGGCGAGAUGCCGUUGGCUCCAUCCGGAUACACCUUCUUCCGCAAUGUUAAGGACUUCGGCGCCACGGGCGACGGCUCGACGGAUGAUACGAUGGCUAUCAACAAUGCCAUCUCCUCUGGUAACCGCUGUGGCAGCCAAUGCGGCUCGACAACAACUCUUGGCGCCAUCAUCUAUUUUCCAGCUGGCAUAUAUGUCAUCAGCACUCCUAUCAUCCAGUACUUUUAUACACAGUUUAUUGGUGAUCCUGGAAGUAUCCCCAUUAUACGCGGUAGUAAAAACUUUACGGGGAUUGCGCUCAUCGACACGGAUGUCUACAUCCCGGGUGGCAACGGAGCGGAGUGGUAUAUCAACCAAAACAACUUCUUUCGCUCCAUUCGUAACUUCAACCUGGAUUUAACUUUUAUGAACGCCACCAAUUAUGACAGUGGCCAGCAGUACUUCCCCACCGGUAUCCAUUGGCAAGUAGCCCAGGCGACCUCGCUCCAAAACAUCGGUAUCAACAUGCCCACCAGCACGGACACGCAACCAGCCACAGCAGUAGGCAUCUUCAUGGAGAAUGGGUCUGGCGGCAUGAUCUCGGACGUUGUCUUCUAUGGUGGCAACAUCGGUUUCGUAGCCGGAUCGCAGCAAUUCACCGCCCGAGGGCUUACUUUCACCAACUGUCUGACGGCAGUCAACAUGCUCUGGAACUGGGGAUUCACAUGGUCACAGAUCGCAAUCACCAAUGUCUAUGUGGGCUUCAAUGUCAGCUCCAAUGGGGGCUCUACUGGUCAGGGUACUGGAUCUAUAGCUGUCAUCGACUCGGUCUUCAACCAUGCCGAGUGGGGUAUCACAACCCAUACCGGUGGCGACCCGCCAGCCAUCAUCUUAACAAACAUAUACUGCGAGAACAGCCCGCUUAUGGUACAGGUUUCAGGCGGCGCGACCACCCUGACCGUGGGUGACACGGAAACUAUCGACUUCUGGGCCUCGGGCUACCGCUAUAUUGCCGCCAAUGGCUCCGGCAGCGAUGUGACGGGCUAUCUGAGCACGGCACCAGUGCGGCCGCCCAGUCUACUCGAUCCAGCCGGCGAGUACUUCUGGCAGGAUCCGCCGCUAUAUUCGUCACUCACUGCCUCGUCCUUUGUGGUAGCCACAGAGUCCGGGGUCUCGAACGAUGGUACGGGGGACCAGACAGCGGCUAUCAACACCCUGCUCCGUGGCCACGUCGGUACGCCUAUCUUCUUCCCGGCCGGCGUCUAUCAAGACGUGGACAACCCGCAAGUCAUGGUUCGGGUAGGCAAUCAGGGAGAGUCAGGCAAUAUCCAAAUCUCGGAUAUGCUCUUUACAGUCAAAGGGCCGACGGCCGGGGCCAUCCUCAUGGAGUGGAAUGUGCACGAGUCUACACAAGGUUCUGCCGCCAUGUGGAACUCACACUUCCGCGUCGGUGGUGCUGCAGGGAGCGACCUACAACUAGCGGACUGCCCGACCGGAAGCGGCGUCAACAAGAACUGCAUAGCUGCCUCGUUGCUUCUCCAUCUCACGCCAAAGUCGUCGGGCUAUUUCGAGAAUGUUUGGGCAUGGGUCGCUGAUCAUGACCUCGACAAUCCUCUCGACGCGGAUAUUAGUGAGGGCACGUCAGGCGUGCCAGAGAACGUACAGACCGACAUCUCCGUGUAUGUUGCACGUGGCGUGCUCAUCGAGUCCCAGGGACCAUGCUGGUUCUACGGCACGGCGUCAGAACACGCGACCCUAUACCAGUAUGAGCUAAGCGAAGCCAACGACAUCUACUUUGGCCAUGUGCAAACUGAGACCCCCUACUACCAGCCCGUACCAGUGGCGCCAAACCCUUUUACACCAGGCCUAUUCCCGUCAGACCCUGACUUUAGCAACUGCACAGCCAGCAGUUGCGAAGAGGCCUGGGCCAUGCGCGUAGUCGAGUCUUCCAACGUCAUGAUCUAUUCGGCUGGCUUCUACAGCUGGUUUAGCAACUAUGACCAGGGCUGUCUACCGACCGAGUCGUGCCAGCAGCGCAUCUUCUCGGUCGAGGACUCUGAUCUGAUCUGGGUCUUCAACCUGUUCACCAAGGGCACGGUGGACAUCGCCAAUACACUCCAGGGACCCUCCAUCGUGACCAAUGCAAGCACACAAAGCGGUUAUACAUCCGAGAUCAACAUCUGGCUGCCGUUCUCCGAGUCGGGUGGCGGCGGCAGCGACAGCUUUGGCAACGGCAACAUCGUCUACGUAGACCCGACCAUCUGGGGAAAUCCAACGGAGACCAUCGGGUGCUUGCCGCCCUGCACCAUUCUCUUCCCACCGCUAGACCUGCCCACGCCGAUCACCGUGAGCUGGCCCCCUUACGCCACGGGCAUCUAUUCACUCAGUGGCAGUUCGACCGUGACCAUUACCACCACCAUCACCAUUCCACCCUUCACAAUCGGCUCCAUCCCCUUCUGGCCUGUAACCAUUGAGCCCAACGACCCGACCACAGGCGCCAUCUCACCUGUGCAGAGCGUUAUGCCCCCAUCAACCACCCUCGUGCUGCCGCCUGGCGAGGCGCCCAUCACCGUAACCGACGGCACCGCAACCGCGGGAUCAACGGCUAGCACCUCGUAUGCCUUUGGAUACAUUACCUACUCGCCGCUUCCCCCCAUUUUCGUCACGACGAGCUCGACCAUCACCAUCCAGCCCAUGCCUACAAUCAGCGUGCCCAUCCCACCGGGAGACUCGCCCACACCGACAACGUGGACGUCACACACGGUGCCCUACACGCGCAGCAGCACCGGCGUCUUGCCGCACUGCACGUCAAAUUGCGGUACCGGCAACUGUUACUUUGGCUGCAACGGUGGGUGUGGACUCUUCGGAUGCAACGGCGGCUGUGGUAUCUUCGGCUGCGGAGGUGGGGGCUGCGGCCUGUUUGGGUGCGGUGGUGGUGGAUGGAAUCUGGGUGGAUGUGGCCCGGCCGGGUGUGGCUGUUUCCUGGGCUGCAGCGGAGGAGGAGGAGGCGGAGGGGGCGGCGGUGGUUGCAACGGCCCAACAUGCAACAAUGAGCCUGGUGAUGAAUGUGAGGGAGACGACUGCGAGUGCGAGCCCACCAAGACGGUCACAUCUUGCCGUGUGGUAUGCACGGCGACGGUCGAACCAACGACCACGAUUACAGGAUCAUGCACAACCUCAACUUGCGAGGUGACGAGCUGCGGCCGGGAUACCACCGUUACUUCGACGACUACCACCACGCCGGCGGAAGAGAUUGUGCUUUCGACUGGAGCCGUCGACCCGGUGUGGUCCGAAGACACGACCGAGGCGUUUGCGACCGCCUUCUUCAGCGACUUUGUCAGCUGGUGGGACGCCGAGAACGCCGCCGCGGAGACGACGACGACGACGACGACGACGACUUCGCCGGCGUGCGCGCCGACGGUCACGCCCUGGCCGACCAAUACACUCAUCAACGAGGGCAGCGGCUACUGCUUCACCACCAACAACGCGCCGAACUGCAACAGCCCGCCCUACAAGCUGUUCGCCCAGACGGCCGCCGAGAGCGUGGUCAGCACCUUCUGCGACGCGCAGCUGACGCUCCAGCCCAGCGCCACGCCGCUCAGCCGGAGCUACGUCGACGGGAGCACGACGGUCUAUGCCGUGGCGGCCUGGGCCGACGACCAGUCCGGCUGCGGCGACGAGGGGGCGCUCGACUUCUCUGAUUUCGGGUGCGACGAUGGCUGGGACCCCGACUUCUUCUGCGUGGACGAGGAAGGCAGCGAGGACACGAGCUACGGCGGGGGAUACGUCCUCAAGACUAAUAACGAUGAGGGAUGUAUCUUGCUCUCGUUGUAUGCGCACUGA